AUCUGUAGCGCCUGCUGUGUAUUUAUUCAUUAGUAGAGGCUCGUAUUUUGCCUUGUCAUAGUUGCUACCAAUGGAAAAAGUACCCUGAAAUAUUGCAUGUGUUACAUGUGUGUAUAUCAUGUAACCUGCAAGCAACUGCUGCAGUUCCCUGUCUCGCCUGUAGGUGGCGCGUUGAACUGGGUUUUCCAUUGGAUGAUGUCGCUCGGAGGAGGAGACCCCGCGGCAGUUAGCGCUUGAUUGACGUCGAGGAAGAAAAAGAACACAAGAUCGGAUUACAAGAUGGCGGUCUGUGGACGUUAGCAAGAAGGCCGUUAGAGUUGUUGUGUUCUCUGUGAAUUUCACUGUUUGAAAAAGAGGCCUCCUGUCAAGCUGUCUAACGUCGUAAACGUAAUGUGUUUAUGGAAUAACUACCGGCGUGUUUUACUGCUACAGUGAACUUUAUAAAAGACGUGCAUGUUUUUAUAACAUGCAGGUGGGAACAAAGUUAACAGGUCGAGGGUAGAAAACACCAGACGGGGUGAGGUGAGCGCUUGGUAGCCGCUAGCUAGCCUGCUAGCUCGGACUCGGUUAACCAUGUCGGACACUCGGCGGAGAGUGAAAGUUUAUACGCUGAAUGAAGACCGGCAGUGGGACGAUCGGGGUACCGGACAUGUUUCGUCAACCUUUGUUGAACGGUUGAAGGGGAUAUCGUUAUUGGUCCGGGCCGAAUCAGACGGAUCACUACUGUUGGAGUCGAAGAUAAGCCCGAAUACUGCAUAUCAGAAACAACAGGACACACUGAUUGUUUGGUCGGAAGCAGAUAAUUAUGACCUUGCCUUAAGUUUCCAGGAAAAGGCUGGCUGCGAUGAGAUCUGGGAGAAGAUUUGCCAGGUUCAAGGCAAGGACCCUGCCCUGGACAUCACCCAGGACCCCAUUGAUGAGUCAGAGGAGGAGCGCUUUGAGGAGAUUCCAGAGACAAGCCACCUGGUGGAGCUGCCUCCAUGUGAACUGAGUCGUUUGGAGGAGAUCGCUGACCUGGUCACCUCUGUUUUGUCUUCGCCAAUCCGCAGGGAAAAACUUGCCCUGGCCCUGAUGAGCGAGGGCUACAUCAAGAAACUGCUGGGUCUUUUCAGAGUAUGCGAAGACCUGGACAACAGGGAAGGUCUACAUCACCUUUAUGAGAUUGUCCGUGGAGUAUUAUUCCUCAAUAAAGCAGCUCUCUUUGAGGUAAUGUUCUCUGAUGACUGUAUCAUGGAUGUGGUGGGCUGCCUCGAGUACGACCCAGCGCUAGUUCAGCCUAAACGGCACCGGGAAUUCUUGACCAAAACGGCGAAGUUUAAGGAGGUGAUCCCUAUCACGGACUCUGAGCUGAGGCAGAAGAUCCACCAGACAUAUCGAGUUCAGUACAUCCAGGACAUCAUCCUGCCCACACCAUCGGUUUUUGAAGAGAACUUCCUGUCCACGCUCACCUCCUUCAUCUUCUUCAACAAGGUGGAGAUUGUCAGUAUGUUGCAGGAGGAUGAAAAAUUCCUAACAGAGGUGUUUGCACAGCUCACAGAUGAAGCCACAGAGGACAGUAAAAGAAGAGAGCUUGUGAACUUUGUCAAGGAAUUCUGUGCUUUUUCACAAACCUUGCAGCCUCAAAACAGGGACGCUUUCUUCAAAACUCUGGCAAACUUAGGCAUUUUACCUGCUCUUGAAAUAGUCAUGGGAAUGGAUGACCUGCAGGUUAGGGCGGCAGCUACAGACAUCUUUUCUUACCUGGUGGAAUUCAGCCCCUCCAUGGUCAGAGAGUUUGUCAUGCAGGAACCACAGCAGACUGAUGAUGAUGUGUUGCUGAUAAACGUUGUGAUCAAGCAGAUGAUUUGUGACUCUGACCCAGAGUUAGGAGGGGCCGUCCAGCUUAUGGGUCUUCUCAGGACACUCAUCGACCCUGAGAACAUGCUGGCUUCAACCAAUAAAACUGAGAAGACAGAGUUUCUAAGUUUCUUCUACAAGUACUGCAUGCAUGUCCUGACUGCUCCUCUGCUGGCAAACACUGCACAUGAUAAAAACUCAAAAGAUCUGCAGGAGGGAUCAACUAAAAUCAACCCGGUCUGUCCAGACAACUUCCAGACAGCUCAGCUGCUGGCACUGAUCCUCGAGCUUCUGACCUUCUGUGUGGAGCACCACACGUACCACAUCAAGACCUACAUCAUGAACAAAGACCUGCUCAGGAGAGUGCUGGUGCUCAUGAACUCCAAACACACCUUCCUCGCGCUUUGUGCCCUGCGUUUCAUGCGCAGGAUCAUCGGUCUAAAGGACGAGUACUACAACCGAUACAUCAUCAAAGGGAACCUGUUUGAGCCCGUCAUCAAUGCCCUGCUGGACAACGGCACCCGAUACAACCUUCUCAACUCAGCCAUCAUCGAGCUCUUUGAGUUCAUCAAAGUGGAGGACAUCAAGUCUCUCAUCGCUCACAUUGUCGAUAACUUCUACAAAGCACUUGAAUCCAUUGAAUACGUCCAGACUUUCAAGGGCCUGAAGGGUCGGUACGAGCAGGAAAAGGACCGACAAAGUCAGAGACUCAACAGAUAUCGUAGAGACGCACGGUCGUUGGACGAGGAUGAGGAGUUGUGGUUCAACGAUGAUGACGACGACGACGAUGGGGAGGCUGUGGAGAAGAGUCGUAUGGAGGACGACUUCUCCGACAGCUACGGCAAGUACAUGGAAGCCAAAAAAGGGGCUGCCAACGGAGCUAAUGGUGCCAAUAAUAAUGGGAAAGCUGCUGUGAUCCCACCGGCCUCACCUGCAGUCACUCCAAACAACAGCUCGACUUCCUCUGUUAAAACUGUUGCUCUUCCUGCCACACCAGUCGUGAAGACUGCCCUGGUCGGUUUGGUGGACUACCCUGAUGACGAGGACGAAGAGGAAGAAGACGAGGAGGAAGAGCAGUCACCCAGGAAGCGACCUCGUCUGAGCUCUUAAGGCUAACUGUCCUCUUGUUGACUUCAGUGGAUGGACACUAUGUCCCUCCCAUCCGCCCUCCUCUGGUUGUCUCAUUGGUCCUCGGCCCGCUUGAGACGCACAAAGACAAGCUCCCACCUCACUCGGUCUCUCCUGAUCUCGGCUCCUCUUUUUCUCUUUUAGUGAAGGAGAUGAAGAGCUUCUCUUUUUUUAAAAGAAAGACAGAUCAGUCUGUUUUUCCAGCCCGAUGGUUUUACCCUCUUUUUUUUUUCUGACAGUCUCCUCUUGGAGAUAAACUCUCCUUCUUUCUCCUGAGGAGAAACUCAUUGAUCCUUAACAAAACUCAUUCCUCCUUUCCAUUCACCUGCUCUCUUUCUGAACUACUUUGUCCUCCUCAUUCUCACUCCUAUGUACCGACCAGUGAGGCUGCGGUGGAAAUAACAGUGCCAAGGCGGUUCCCACUCUACCCUGUUGCUAUAGCAACAGUAGUGGGGAAGCUGCGGUACUACAGCAGCCUCAGAGGAGUCCCUCUCAUGUCCUCGUUUUGAACUCUCCUUCUCAAACCAGAACCAAUGAGCUCCAGAGACAGAGGGAGCCAGUACACAACCAGCCAGCAUAUGAACUGUUGAGCGGGCCAGUCAGGCUAGCAGGACUAGCCAUCGUAGUGAUAGAAAAAGCUUGACUGGCUAAAGUAGUGUGUGUGUGCCACCCCGCCACAGAACUGCUCACUUUAGUAGUGGAUAGAGGGAUCAAGAAAGCAUAGAGGAAUACAACAUGUUGAGAGACAAGGGAGGUAACAAAAUGUACCAAGAUGAAAACAAAGCAGUAACGUGGCUUAGAGCCAGAGGAGCAGGACUCAAACCUACAGAAGCCAUGGCAUCAGAUCCGAGGCUUACACACACACACACACACACACACACACACACACACACACACACACACACACACACACACACACACACACACACACACACACACACACACACACACACGACUGAAUUAGCCAGGAAUCCUGUAUUUCAUGACUUUGUUAAAAAGUACUGUACAGAUGUUUUUUUUCUUUUUAAUCAUUUGCCCUGAUCUGAUUUUCAUAAGGGGAGACAGAUACCUACCUACCUGUGUAUUUUUGUUGUUGUUGCACAAAAGGUGGAAUAACUGUUCACCCUUCAGUCCAGUUUAUUUGAUUCAAUGUAAAAUGCAGAGAAGAUGCAAAUGCUGGUUUUAAAAUAACGUAUUAAAACUGCAGUAAAAUCUUUUUUGCAGCCAAAUUUUUGAGGAUGUCUGGAGUUUGUAUUUCAGUGGAUUCAACAGUCUAGAGGCCUCAUUGUGACGCGCACACCUAGCCCAGUUUUUGUUGACCAGGUGACAUGCUUCAGAGUCGGAUUCCAGAGGUUCAGCUGUACCUUCUCCUGCACAGAUCUCAGGUUCAGAGUUCAAUAAGCAUCAGAAACAUACAACGUUCCAUCUUUUAGUGUGCUUAUUAACAUCUUACAUUUAGAACUGAAUGGAGAAUUGUUGCUGUGAGUUAGAAAGAGGCUUGAGGUGCUAGUAUGGAGGUCCUAAACGUUCAGCACAAGAAUUCAGCUUUCUUUGACGUCUAAUUCUAACUUCUCCUUAGUCUGUCCAUUAGAACAUUUACAGACCACCAAUACAUUGAAGGAAACCUUUUUUUUUGUAAACUGAAGGAUCAAAUGAGCUGCUUUUUAAGUAAUGAAAUCAUAGCCCCAAUUUGCGGUGUGGUUUUUAAGUUCAAAGUGUUUGGGGAGAAGUCAAAACACAGCACAUGUAUUACAAAGUGAGACACCUCAUGAGACAUUUCAGUGUCUGGUUGAAACAUUUCUCUGGUGGUGUCCUCUCAUCUGGUCACACCACAAGCACACUGAAAAUCUAAGGAUGGGAAUCAAAAUUAGCUAAAAAAAAUAAAUCUGUCCUAACAUUCAAACUUCUAAAUAAAACCACGAGCAACAUCAGAGCACAAGUAGAUGAUCAGACAACUUUCAGGAGUGCAGCAGUACAAGUUGUCAUUCCCAUGGUCUGUAAGCAUCACCCAAACAAUAUGACUGUUUCUGCUCUCCUUUGAUGAAUUUGUAUCAAGUGCAUUUACUACCACUAUCCAUUCUUAACAUUUGUAUGAUUUUAUUUGAUAAGUUUUGAAAUUAAAUGUGACCCUGACUUGAA